UAUGUGUGACUGUGAUCUUGUGCUGUCUGAGAUGUUUCCUUGAUUUGGCAGGAAUCCUGAUCAAGAUAAGCUGCCGUGGUGUUACACGAUGACGGAGCGAGCCGUUUUCGUGGGAGUACUGCGCCAUCAAGCCCUGCUCCAAACCAGAUCCUGAGCUUCUCAUGACUCACAACAGCACGGGCCACAGAGGUCCCAUCAUCGCCGUGGCCCCGGGGCCCUCCCUCAGUUCUUCCAGGACCACGGCGUGUGGGAAGAGGCAGGAGAAGCGGAUCAGUCGGGGUCGAAUCCUGGGCGGGACGUCUGCAUUGCCCGGCGCUCACCCCUGGAUGGCAGCGCUGUACAUCGCAGACGAGUUUUGUGCAGGAGCGCUGGUCUCCUCCUGCUGGAUCGUGUCGGCCGCUCACUGCUUCCUGCGCAAUCCACUAAAGUCACAGAUUCGGGUCAUUCUCGGCCAGCACUCCUUUAACGACACCGGUCCCAACACCAGGACCUUUGCUGUUCAGGAUUAUAUUUUAAACCCGCGUUACACACAGUUUGAGCCGACCUUAAACGAUAUCGGUGAGUUUGGACUCUAAAUACAGAAACUUUACCAUCAUUAUUCACUUACAAACUUUCAUAUCUGUGCGUGUGUGUUUACAGCUAGUGCGUUAAACUAA